UUUUAAGACCACGAGUUGUGCUCCUUUAUUUUCUCGUCCUCUUCUGUUUUCUCGUCUGUGUGGGGAUUCUGAGUGCACAGUCAAAAAAGUAUGAAUUUCCUGUUUUCCUCUUUGCAAAUCAUGAACUAAGACAAUUAAUUUUCAUCUUUCCUGAUCUUCUGUGGCUUAAGAAGCAUUACAUUACUUUCGACAAUCUUCAAAGCCUCACCAUCUCAACUUUGUAGUUGACCCUAGCUGAUCUGUCACGGGUAACCUUAAGUCAUUAUUAGUAAUUUUCCAACUCCUCUGUUAGGUGUGCUGAAUUUGAGUCCGAUACCACACGAUGUCAAUAAAGGUUUUGUGAACAUGGGUGACCGAUUGCGCAUUCAUUCUUCUUACAUUAUUUCCCGCGGGAAAACAAUCGGAUGACACUCAAUAGUUUAAAGCUGACUGCACCCUCGGGGAAUGCCCACUAGCUUCUACGCUGAUCACGGCCCCACAGUGAGAAAGUACACUUAUCAAUUGGCUCCAAGGUAAACCUAUUGUACUUUAUGGAGCAUCACUUUCGGACGCCUGGAAGCAGAAAUCAUAAUUAAGAAAAAGAGCAGCAGCCGCCAGUGGAACUUUAAUGCAGCUGCAGCUCCUCAUUCACAUGCUGAGUUGGAGCAGCAGAGGAGGAGGAGGAGGAAGAGGGAGGAGUUUUUUCUUCUUACCCCCCCCCCCCCUCAUCAUCUAGCUCCAGCUCUGCUCAUUGUUGGACAACGCUCUUAUACACACUGAGUGAGGGACUCGUGACGCCGGGGCAAGGGGUUGCACAUUGAGCGAAUUGCGGCAAUUAAAGACGAGAGAGAGGAACACCCCCAGGCUGGAUGCUGUGAGGUCCAUCAUCACCAUCAUUACUAUCAACAUAUUCUGAAAUGCGUCACGGCAUUUACACACUGGUCCCCGCACUGACUCUUACGCCAGGUAAGCCUUUUGUUGAUGAAAUUAUUGUUUUUAGAAAGGUGUACAAUUUAUGAUAAAUUACAAUAGGCCAUCUUGAAUGAGAUUUGACUGUGAAAUGGUUGCAAAUGGCUUGUGUGUUGUCUGCUCGCCUCCCCAUAGGUGAGCGCAUGCGCUGCCCGGCUUCCCCGCGUUGAGCCCCCUCCACCCCCGCCCUCCUUCCCGAGCACACGCAGCACGAAGGCCGGAUGACACCCCCGAGCUCCGCGUUGUCCCCGGCUCCCCGGUGCCUGCCGGGCCUGGGCGUCAACGGCACAUGCGCGGAGCAGCUGAGCGUCGCGUUCCCUCCGCUGUCGUCCACCCUGGCCCUGCUGGUGCUCGUGGCCGUGCUGGCGGGUGUCGUGCUGGUCUCCGUGGCCACGUUCCACUUCCACAAGAGGAGGCUGAAGAAGCGGAAGAUCCAGAGAGCGCAGGAGGAGUAUGAGCGCGACAGUCGCAGGGCGGCGACGGCGGCGGCUGCAGGGGGGUCUGCGCGACCGUGCGUCAUUGCGCGCCCGGUGCGGUGUGGCGCACACCGAGUAGAGGUGGUGACGGAAGAGGACCACGCUGGUGAUCCAGUAGAGCAAGGAGUGACCCCCGCGGACUGCUAAACUCAGGGAACGAGACUGUGGAAUAAACAGGAAAAAGCAAUAAGGCACAAAGAACUCUCGUCCAUUCUCCACUGCUGCUUCUCCAUCACUCCCGUGCAGAAUACUGAGCAUUGCAGGCCUGUAGGAUAGUACACCUACGCACACAAAUGCAUAAGAGCAGUGAUUCCCAACCUUUCUUGAGCCAAGACACAUAGCGGUGCCUUGAGAUAUGAGUUUAAUGUGUUCCAUGACUACAUUAGGAUCUCAAAUCGUCUUUCCCCAUUGAAUUGAAUGAACAUGUAAUUAGGUAAUGCAUUCUCACCACCGAAUCAUGAGAAGAAUUGUACUGAACAGUAUUUUAUACAAAGCUCCCAGUAAUUAUAACUGGUCUCCACAUAACCUGCAAACACAGGAAAUACGAGUUAAAAAAAAAAAAAAAACACAACUGAACCUAAUGCUGCACUUAAUCUUAUGCUGGACCACGAAUAACAAAAAUUUGCAGAUAAUUAACCCAUUGAAAAAAAAACCUUACCUAACCCAAACGAAGUCUUGAAAAAGCGCAUCUACAUCUACAUCACCAUUAAGCGUUUCCGGAUUGGUUCUUACCCCCAAAAUAAAAAAAAAGAAAGAUGAAAAAAAUAAAUACUAAUCUGCAAAUAAGUGAGUUACAGGUGCUGAUGUGGUGGCCUGAUGUUGUGAAGUUUGGUCCCACCAUCUAGGAAUCGAAGUCUGACGCGCACUUGUCUUUCAAGUUUCUCCUCACACCUCAAGGCAAAAAAAUACCCGUAUUUUUAAAUAAAAAAUGCAUAACGACAAGAUAAAAAGAAACCACAACCCAAAAAAAAUGGAUAAUGUCCAUUGGAUAACUGCCGUCUAGUGGAAAAGCAUUUAAUUGCGGUGCCUGUCAAUAGAUGCUGCUGGCAUAGAUAGAUGAACAAAUCACUGGUAGUAAUAAAUUUCUGCACUAUAGUUGGGAAUCACUGCAGAGGUGCCCAAAAUCCAUUCCCGGAGUUUAUUAUUUAUUUAUUUUUUAACCCUCAGCGAUGUAGCCACCACAUAGUUCUUUUGCGGCGUUCCCAAUUGUUUUAUGUGUGAAGCUGUACAGUACGCCAAUACCUGGAGUAAUUAACACCCCACAAAAUUGUUUAGAAAUGCCUAUAUGAGUAGUUUACACAGUAAACAGUAAACUUCAAACUCUUUAAUAUCACAAUAUAAUUUCAACAACAGCACCCUUAAAAGUAAUUAGCUUGCACGUUUUAUUUACAAAAAAAAAAAUGCUCUAAAAAUGGACAUGUACAAGAGGGAUCGAUUUUCUAUGGCGACAUGCAAAGCUGCUCUCUCGGUCGAGAUGCACCACUUCAACAUACUGCCUUGACAUCAAUUGCUGCGGUACUUCCUUAUUUAGACCAAGCGUUUGCGGUACGGUUGGGAAUUACAGAACAGAGCACAAAUGACCUGAAUCGAUGAGUUUUUCAGAAACAUGGCAAGUGAGCACUUUUAGCAUUACAACCUGAGCCGCUUAUUUACGACAUGGUAGAAAAAUUCCCAGACGGAUGAUAUAAAAAUGCUAUUUGGUUGAAAUUCACUAUCAAGUAGAUAUCCUGCCUGCUGACCAACUGGUAAAACUGUCAGUCCCCCGACCCCGACUUAAAAUAUCAGCUUGCUGGCAUACUUCCACAUGACUUUUUGCAUUUUUAAGGCUCGAUCAUGCUCUUUCAUUUUGUGGGAACCGUGACACCUUGGUUCUUGACCACAAUCCAUUCCAGAAAACGGUUCGAAAAGUGAAUUGUUCGAAAACCGAAUCAAUGUUUCCCAUUACAAUGAAUGGAAAAAGAAAUAGUGUUCCGAGCUUAAAAAAAUUGGGCUUUUUAAAGCAUUUUUUAAUCUUUUCCUGAGAAUAAACCGCGUACUAGAAAUACAUGCAUAGUUUAAAUACUUUAUAUAAUAAAAUGAUUUAAGAAAUAUAUUUAUUUUUUGCUUAAAAUGUAUGCUUUAGUAGUAGAGUACGCAAGGCUGAGAGUGCAUUUCCGUAUCUGUAGCGACUCGUUCCAUAGCCUUGUAAACUUUUUUUAUUAACAAAAGUGCAGAUUAAGUUUAAACGGACAUUCGAACAGCGUCGUGGGUGGGUCAGCUGGUCUGGCCGCGUGCAAUACGUUAUUUCCGGGUUUUGUUGGGGGUGUUCGAGUACCGAUUUUCAUUCGAAAACAGAAGCAAAAAAAAAAAAAAUCUCUAAAUUUUCGUUCGAACACUGAUUUGUUCGAAAACCCAGGCUUUAUUGUAUUUCUAUUGUACUACAACCCUACCCCGACGCAAAGCGAACAUAGACCAGCCAUGAACACAUUUUGAGGUAUUCAGUUUCUUACAUUUCCUCUAAAUUUACCUUCUCAAAGAGGACACUGUUGGAACGAGGUCCUAGAUUUACGGGGUGUCCUCUGUUACUACAAAAUUCCAUUCUAACGAGACAUUUACCUCACUUAUACACCAGCGCAGUGGGUGGCAUCCCUAACUUGGAAAUUUUUUAAAUUACCAAAAAUGUGCAUGAAAAACACUUGCGCAUAAAAUAAAACAAUCCAAUGAAGAACGGCAAAGCGGGGGGGCUUCUUAUACCACGUGAUCUUGCCGCAUCUAGGAGCCAAGGAACUAUGUUGAAGUGUGGGUGGAAGAGGUUCCUUUAGACAAAAGUAGUGCUUUGCUUCCAUACUGCUGAACUAUGGUGAGGUGCGUUGAGGAGUUUCAUCUUGACAAAAGUCAUGCUUGAACUAUGGUGACGUGCGUUGAGGAGUUUAAUCUUGACAGAAGUCAUACUUUGUAGUCAUCGUGCUGCAGUGAACGAUGUUGAAAUGAGUUGAGGAGGUUCGUUUGGAGAAAAGCAGUGCUAUGCUGCCAUGUUGACAUCAAACACCUAUGUUGAAGUGGGUUAAGGACUUUCAUUUAGACAAAAGUAGUGCUUUUUCUGUCAUUUUGGAUUCAUUCAACUAAGAUGAUGAGAGUUGAGGAGCUUAUUUUACACAAAAGUAGUGCUUUGCCACCAUCUUGUGGCAUGCUGGUGUCAAGGAACAAUGUUAAAGUAAGAUGAGGAGCUUUACUAAAACCAAAGUGAUGCUUUGUGGCCUCAUUUUGAAAUCCCUCGGCAAUUGUAAAUUGUUUUUUGUGUGGGGGUGUUAAAUACUCUUGGAUUUGGGUUCACUGUACUGUAUAAAUGCAGUGAUGUUUCACUAUUUUUGUACAUACACAAAGCAUAAAUGAGCCAUAAACAUGAAAAAUUAAAACAUUCCAAAGCAGGAUGGAGGCAAAAGGAAAAAAAGAAAAACUGCAAAAUGAUUUGCUUCAUCACCUGGAACACGGGCUAAAACAUCGUCAGAAGCGCUUAUCUCAACAAAAACACAGGAUUGGUUUUAGCACAAAGGAAAAGUGUGAAGAAUCUCUGGAUUUCUGGACUCAGCUGCAGAGUGGAAUCAUUAUUCUUUCUUUUUUCUUUUUUCCCCGGGACACGCCCGCUCUAGAGUGUCUCACUCUGAACUUUUGCCUGCUCCGCCUCUCUUCGGACCUCCUCCUCCCUCUCGCCUAAGAAGCUUCUUUAAACUCUGGAGACGUUUAAAUUUUAACUGCUCUCCGGGAUGUGACACACGAUUGUGUUGAAUUAUUCACACGUGGUGACACAACACACACACACAUACACACGUACUUAGCUGAUCUUCCUUGGCAUGCCCUCUGACACACUAGCAGUAUGUAGUUAGACUCUUAAUGGAUGUUGUGGUGCUGUUAGGCAGUGCAAAAGCUGCAAAUAGAAACAUUUGGCUUCUUUGUUUGGGCAUCGUAUUUCUUCCUUCCUUCUUUCCUUCAAUUAAGUGACAUGAAGUGCGCCAAUGUCUGUUUUAGACAUCUUAGCUCUAGUUAUGCAAGACUUUUUGGCUGUAGGAAUGUACAUAAGAUCCGUUUUUGUUUUUCUUCUACUGUGCAUCAGAUAGUAGCUAACGUUUCAGUGCUGAUAUUUGGAAUAUUCACGUUUGCGAUUGUGAUCCAAGAGAAUCCUUCCCUCGAGCGGCGGUUUUCGUUUCUUUGUAAUCUCUUUAUAUAGUAUCAUAAAAUAGUGGGCCUAUACAUAGUCAUGGAUUUUAUCUGUUCACUGUACAUGUAUGACAUCAUGAGGAAUGUUUCCUGUAAUCUGCCUUAUAGAAGGAAUAUACUGUAUGUAGUAUUAAGAGUUUAUAAAUAAACAUU